AUGGAUGUCGCUAUCCACCCCUCACAUCCUUCCCCAGGAAUCUCCCGGCUUGGUAUCUCUCCCACUCAGACUGCUCAACAGCUUGUGCCGACACAUCCACCAACAGAGCUUCUGGACGUAGGCUAUGAGGAGGAAUUCAUCUUGUACUUCUCAGUGAAGGUCAGACAGGUCUCCUCAUUAGCACGAGAGCUAGGCAGUACCAUGACAGUGGAUUGUAACUCAGAGAUCUAUGGCAUUGCACCAAUCGGUUGGCACAAGGCGCCUGAGGGGACGGGGCUGACGUUGCUUGAUAUGGCUGAUGUGGGCGGAGGAUGGGGUGGGGGGUGGGGGAUGGGGGAUGACACUUAG